AGACCUCCGCUCUCCGGAAUUGGAGUGGGAAUGCAAUGUAGGUCCCCACUCCGCAAUUCUUGUGGACGUGACCUCGGCCGUCUGCGCGGGAAACGCCGCAGAUCACUGUAAUCCACGUACGAUUCCCCGAAGCUCCGUGAGCUUUAACGCGCGCGAGCGAGGAGAGAAGUAUAUUGACGAAGAGGAAAGAAUGAAGGGAGGCGCGCGGUACACAAGAGACGCACAAUUCGCACGAACGACAAACUUCCGUGCCGUUGACCAGCGAGCAUCGAACGCACGCGAGAUACGACGCGCACUGGAGGAGUAGUUAAUGAAGGCGUCACUGUGUUGGGAGAGGGAAGAUAUGCGGCGAAGGACACAGGGGAAAGGAAAUAGCGCCGCACGCUAGAGCAGUCGCUGGAGACGAGGAGGUUCUCUCGGUGCCUCCUCCUCCCAGGCGAUGAUCGCGCGUAGCGGUACUUGUUCCCACGGGCGGCAUCCGAACAGCACCACACCGCAAGCUUCGUGAUCAAAAAACAAAAAAAAAAACAAAGAAAAAAGAGAAAAGAACAGUCAAAUAAAGAAGAUGAAAAGGAAAGGGAGAAAAUGAGAAAUCUUUGGGCGCCGCAACGCGCAGAUUCGGAGUCAUAUACGCACGCCGGCGCGAGCGCAUCUCGUUUCCUCUUAAAAUCGUAUAUAUUUAAACAGCCGCCUAUCUGCAGUCUCCACCAGAACGAUAAAUUUCGCCACCCACAGCGCAUCGGUCCCCACUCGUGUGCACGCGCACCCAUCGACCACCGAGGAGAGACGAGAGCACAGAGUUUACCGCAUCAUUGUGCGCGCAGUCCGUUCACUGAAGGCUUUAGAGGGGAAGCAAAGAGUGGAUUGUGGAAUAACGUUAACAACAGUCGCCGUCGCUCGCACGGACUCCAUCCGCUUCUUCCAGAAAAUCGGAUACCAAAACAGAGGUUCGCCAUGAACACCGAAAUGAAGAUGGAGAAGACAGCCGCGACCACGCCGGCCGACAUGUUGCCACUCAAUGGCAAGACGGGUCUGCGCAAGCGCGACCUGGAUCUCAUCGACGCCAUGGACCUCAUCAAGCAGACCGAGUACGUGUCGCUCAGCAAGACAGAACUGCUGGACCACGAGAUCAUCACGUCCCACAGCACAACAGUCCAGCAGCAUCAGGAAGUGCAGAAGGAGUCCGAACAAGCCGCAAAGCCGGCCUUCAAGACUGAGGUGGUCUGGCGGAAUGUGGCCGUGUUCGCCCUGCUGCACUCCAUGGCCUUCUACGGGCUUUAUCUGGCCGUGACGCACAAGGUCAAGUGGCAGACGGCGAUCUUCGCCUUCGUGUGGGGAAUCUGCGCCGGCCUGGGUGUCACGGCAGGAGCGCACAGGCUCUGGUCUCACCGCUCUUACAAGGCACGUUUCCCGCUCCGGGUGGUGCUUAUGGUCUUCAACUGCAUGGCUUGCCAGAACGACCUGUACGAGUGGACGCGUGACCACCGGGUGCACCACAAGUUCUCGGAAAGCGAUGCCGACCCACACAACGUGAACCGGGGCUUCUUUUUCGCGCACGUCGGCUGGCUCAUGUGCAAGAAGCAUCCGGACGUGAUGCGCAAGGGCAAGGCCGUGGACUGUUCGGACCUGCUCAAGGACCCCGUCAUUAGGUUCCAAAAGGCCUACUACGUGCCGCUGACUACCUUCUUCUGCUUCUACUUGUCGACUGUGCUGCCGCACCACCUGUUCGGCGAGUCUUACUUGGUGGGCUUCUUCGUGGCCACCAUGCUGCGCUACGUAAUAUCGCUAAACUUCACCUGGCUGGUGAACAGCGCAGCCCACCUCUGGGGCAACCGACCCUACGACAAGAACAUCUCGCCGGCCGAGAACCGCUUCGUCUCGUGGGCCGCCAUCGGCGAAGGUUUCCACAACUACCACCACACGUUCCCCUGGGACUACUCGACCAGCGAGCUGGGAUGGAAGCUCAACUUCACCACGUUCUUCAUCGACACGAUGGCCAAGCUGGGGCUCGCCUACGACCUCAAGACGGUGCCCAAGGACGUGGUCGAGAAGCGGAAAGCCCGGACGGGUGAUCACAGCUACGACCACAUGAACGGCCACAGCAACCACCACUGACGACGAACCGACGAGUGCUCGGGCAGCCCUCCGAGCCCACGUGAAAACGUUUUCGCGUUCGCCGCGUUGAUACGUGGGUUGCCAUGAUAUACUGUUCUCCUCGCAUCGCGGUUGCUCCUUUUUAUUAUUUUUUUUAUCCCGCUGGUACUGCGACCCUGUUCGUCGACACACAGCAUCGGUAGCGACAAGACCUAAGUCUACUGGAGUGCCUAUCCAUACUCGUGAGGAGGAAAGUGCUGCACUGUUUCUGAUAUCUUUUUUGCAUUAAUUUCCGUUGGUUUCGUCACUCAGAUUAUAGCAAUGAACAGUGAUGCCUUAGCCGCAUGCUGUCUUCUAUGCAGAACUUAGAUGCGCUGUGAUGAUGCGGUCGGUGUUUAAAUCGGCAUGAGCUUGAUUUUAAGUUUCUCAUACUUGAGUCAGAGUGGUACGUCUUGUACCACGUCCACGAGACGGUAUGUAGCAUUCAAGGGUUUCUGGGAGGAGCGAGUUAUUUAUACACAGGAAAGGAUGGGCGGACGCAAUUUCUGAAAGUCAAAGGGGGGAAACAAGAUCGAAACCAGUGACGCUUCUGCCUUCUGAACUGAUGCAAGUGAGAACAGCGAUGUGCGAAAUGGUUGCUCAAAUGAUAUGAUAUCUAUGAUAUCUUUCUUUUAUAUAAUGACUAUCUUGCAGGUUCGAAACUAUCCGACAUUAUUUCUACCAGAGUGUUGCGAGCACUGUGCAAUGCAUUCGGGAAGCACUACACUAUGAUAUCUCAGCAUAGAAGACAGCGUGCUCAGUCAAAUUAUUUUUUUUUCGCCUGUCUGUGCAUUUGUGUGCGUGCUUUUAACGUCGACUUGUGCUUGUGCCGAUCAUGAAGGGUGGCGAAUUGUUCACUCUUGCUCAAACCUUCACCGACGAGUGAAGGGGUGUCAUCAGUGACCUCAGCUCACCCUUGUUAAGGAAGAAACACACACACACACACAAAAAAAGGUAUAUCUGAACGCCACGUAUCGCAUGCCUUAUUACGUCUUUGUUUACGAAUUCUGGACGCAUUCGCGAUGCAUCGAUUCGGAACACCGAGGUACAUGUUUAUUUAGCUCCGAACUAUACGCGCUACGCUUUUUCGCUUUGUCAUGGGCGCAUUACUUCACUCAUUCCUAUCGUCGAGCUGACCACAUAGUGUGUAGCGUGACGUAUGUCUGGCUUUUCUCAAGUCGUGGAGAAAUCCACACCAGGAAAACGAGCGAGUAAUAAUGCGUCCACGAGAGAUGACCCCCCGCCUUCCCGAUUGCAGGCAAGCGUAAUUUUCUUCUGGUUGCGGAAUUAGAACAACGUCGUUUAGACUAGCGUACCUAACAUGCACACCGCUGUCCUAUAUAAUCUUUCCCUGUUGUUGUUUGCGCUUUAUCGUUUGGCAUGCUAGCGGCUUCUUCCUGCAGCGCGCGUUGUGUUCUCCGUUCCUUUAUUCUUCUGCUCGCCCAGCCCGCCGUUGUUAUCCUCAGCAUUUCUCGCUUAUGCAGGUGUCUGGCAAUGCUCUCUGGAGACAUGCGAAACACUUAUCGCGCGUUGUAAAUACAGUUGAUACGUGAUUUAGCGAACAAAUCAUAUAUUAUGUUUGUACAUACAGGAAGUGUAUAAGAGCGAGGAAAAUAGUCUGACCUUUGACUAGCUAGAAUGUGUCAAGCUAGAUAGGUGCUGUGCUGCUCACGUAAAGUCGAAGUCUGAAUAAAGAGAUAACAUUUA